AUGCCACUGCAUGCGUAUCAUCAUGAUAAUAAAUCCGGAGACCCCGGUCAUCCCCACCAUUCCUCGCAUUCGGUUCCAAUUGACUACCUUGCCUCCCUCGGUAUCCCCAUUACUUCGUUCGAAGGACCAGACUUCGAGGGCAACGCUCGAAAAAUUGCAAAGGAACAAGGUUACCCGUUAACAGAAAAGUCGACUUUCAUAUGGGACCUCCACGAACCCCUGAGUAGUUCGCCUAUGGUCAAGCAUCAUGCCCACAAAAUUAAAGAGGCAUCGCGCAAUGAGUAUUUCCCUUCAAUGAAGUUAACGAUCCUGUUUUUAAAAUUCAUACUACAUAACAGGAUUGAUUUCAAGAAGCUUAUAAUUAUCCCGGAUUAUCUGGUCGCCAUCAUUGCGGGCAGCGUUUAUCUCGACGUCGAAGACCCUCUCAAACAAACAUGGAUUCGUGUUGAACUGCCAGCGGGGACGCUUUUGCACAUUCCUGCCGGGGUAUCCCGGCGCAUUGCAACCGAAAAUGUUAGGGCGCUCAUGUUCCUCAAGGAUGAAUCGGAUAUCCAAGUGUUAUGGGACAAGGAAGCAGAAGCACACCCCAUCCGUCAGGAGUAUUUGAGGAGCAUGAAUAUUGGAUUGUGA